CUCAAUCCCAUUCCCCAGUCCGCAGUCUCAAGUCCGCAGUCUGCCAAGUGCCAACACUCGAGCUGCGCCCUGCACUGCAUCUGACCUGCACCCGCACCAUUCAACCAGCCACUCAGCCUCCCCGCGCCGAUCGCCUUUGCCCCAAAUGGACAUACGAUGACAUUCCAGCCCACUUCUUUGAACGGGGCGACGUCUGCUUACUAUUGACCUCUCGGGCACCUCCUAGGAUUGGCCCAAUCGUCCAAUCACCUAGACAAAGAAAAGGCAAAAGGGCUCGUUUUCAGGCCCCAACCCCCCAGAAAACCCGACCCCCAGAUCCCAGUCUAACGACUCGACCCUGGACACCUCCACUUAAUCAAGGAAAAGGCCCGCUAUGGUGGUAGACGGGAUAUGAUCCACCGUGCGCCUCCGCCGCAAGAUGAGCGGACUCGUUGCGAUCCGUCAUUCCUGCUGUCAUGUGUCUGCUAGGGCUAUGCGUUGUUGAGAUUCUCUCCCCAUCUUCUCACCUUGUCUUCGCUGUCAUUCUCAAAAAACAACGGACACGAACUCGGAGCAUCUCCCUCGAUCAAACUCGCCCCACCAAAUGGGACUUCUUAGCUUCGGAUAAGCGGUGCCCACCAUGUCAAUAUCCACCACACCCACGUCGAUCCCCGAUAAACUCGACAGAGGACUCGUCGAACAAGACGAGCACAUCGCCAACUCACCACCCCGCGACAAAUUCAUUCCCCAGCGAUUAACACUAACGGCCGCCGAACGCGCCCGGCGCAAUCUGAAUGCGAAACUCUCAAAUCCGUUAGCGGGGUUUAGCCAUGCCGAACUACGCAGGCAAGGUCGCAACUUUGCGCUUACCCAUGAAAUUGGCGACGAUGAGGAUAUCCGCGCUUUCGAACUGGGCGCCGUGCUAGCUCAAGCGCCGGAGCGAUACGACACUGUCGCCGGAUUGACAAGCGAGGAGAAAGAUAUUCUACGAUGGGAAUUCGAGCAUCGCUGGUCACAGCCUUGGACGAUGUAUGCCGUGAUCGCACUUUGCUCACUGAGCGCCGCAGUCCAGGGCAUGGACGAAACGGUCGUCAACGGCGCCCAAAUCUGGUACAAAUAUCAAUUCGGCAUAGCCGGCAAUCAAUCCCGCGAUACCUGGCUAGUCGGCCUCAUCAAUUCCGCCCCAUACCUCUGCUGCGCCUUCAUCGGCUGCUGGCUCACCGUCCCCUUCAACCACUGGUUCGGCCGCCGCGGCACAAUCUUCCUCACAUGCUGCUUCAGCGCAAUAGCCUGUCUCUGGCAAGGCUUCGUCUCCACCCAUUGGUCCAUGUUCAUCGCGCGCUUCGCACUAGGGUUCGGCAUCGGGCCCAAAUCCGCGACAGUACCCAUCUACGCCGCAGAAACCAGUCCCCCGCCUAUCCGUGGCGCCCUCAUCAUGCAAUGGCAGACCUGGACCGCGUUCGGGAUUAUGCUGGGGUACGCGGCGGAUUUGAUGUUCUACCAGGUGUCCGAUACACCGGGUAUUGUGGGACUAAACUGGAGAUUGAUGAUGGCGUCGGCGAUGUUCCCGGCGCUGGUGGUUUGUUGUUUUGUCUUCUUUUGUCCCGAGUCGCCUCGUUGGUAUAUGAGUCAGAAGCAGUAUUAUCGUGCUUAUCAGAGUAUCUGCACUUUGCGAUAUCAUAAGAUUCAGGCUGCCCGGGAUCUUUACUAUAUGCAUACCCUGCUGGAAGCUGAGACUGGGAUGAAGCUUGGGCAAAAUAAGAUUCUGGAACUGGUGACGGUGCCGAGGAAUCGGAGGGCCAUGAUUGCGUCGACGAUUGUCAUGUUUAUGCAGCAGGUGAGCAGGUCUCGCCGAGAGCUUAGGAGCUAUAUUGCUUUCUUCUUCUCACGGGUAUAUACUGAUCUCCACAAGUUCUGCGGCGUGAACGUCAUCGCAUACUACUCCAGCGAGAUAUUCCUAGAAGCAAACUUCGCACCGGCCGCCGCCCUCGCCGCCUCCCUCGGCUGGGGCGUAAUAAACUGGCUCUUCGCCAUUCCCGCAAUCUACACAAUCGACACCUUCGGCCGCCGCAACCUCCUCCUAACAACCUUCCCGCUAAUGUCCCUCGCCAUGUUCUUCACAGGCUUCAGCUUCUGGAUCCCCGAGACCCACCACACAGCCCGCACCGGCUGCAUCGCCCUGGGAACGUACAUCUUCGGCGUAGUCUACUCCCCAGGCGAGGGACCAGUGCCAUUCACCUACUCCGCCGAAGCAUACCCACUCUACGUGCGGUCCUACGGCAUGGCACUCGCGACGGCGACGACGUGGUUCUUCAAUUUCGUGCUCGGCGUGACGUGGCCGUCGCUACGGAAUGCGUUUACGGCGCAGGGGGCGUUUGCGUGGUAUGCCGGGUGGUGUAUUGUAGGGUGGUGGUUGGUGUUGCUGUUUAUGCCGGAGACGAAGGGGAAGACGCUGGAGGAGUUGGAUCAGGUGUUUUCGGUGCCGACGAGAUUUCAUGUUCAGUAUGGGUUGAGGCAGAUUGGGUAUUUUGUGAAGCGGUUUUUGUUGGGAAGGGAUGUUGAGCCGGAGAUUUUGUAUGAGAAGGAGGAUGGGGCUGGGGCGGGUGAUGGGGGAUGUAAUGCUUGAGAUGCUGGGAGGAUUGGAUGGAGGGUUUUUAUGAUUUAUGAGAGAUGACUUUGUUCUUAUUAUGUUUGUAGUCUGGGUGGUACAUAGCAUUACUGAUAGAGAUGGACAAACGCCAGUCGAGAAAACGCUUUGUA